CUUCCUGCACAAAACUCCAUAUCCCUCUCUCUCCGUGUGGGAGAGGUUUCCUUCCAAUCUUCUUUCUCCCCAAACAAACCCCAACAACCCCCCUCAAGUUUACACGCCAUGCCAUUCCCUUCCUUCCAGCUCCUUUAACGCUAACCCUAGAAUCACCCAAUCCUCUGCUCCCGCUAGGGUUUUAUCAUAUCUAGCGUCACCCGUACGUAGCCUUCUUCGAUUUCGUUCCUUUUAUUACAUCUAGAGCUUUUCUCUUCUUCGGUUGGUUAUGUAAACAUGGCGAGAUCUGAUAGCAAAGUUAUGACGGACGUCACUGAAAGCUCAUCAGAUGCUCUCUUUGAUGCUUCACAGUAUGCGUUCUUUGGGAAAAAUACUGUGGAAGAGGUUGAUUUGGGAGGUCUGGAUAAUGAUGCUGAUGAUCCUGUAUUUGGAUCCGUCAAUGACGAUGAGUACCAUUUGUUCAAUAAAGAUGAGGGUGUUUGUAUUGGAUCAUUAGCAGAUGUGGAUGAUCUGGCAACUACAUUUGCAAAGUUAAACAGAGUUGUCACGGGACCAAGAAAUCCUGGAGUUAUUGGAGAUAGAGGUUCUGGAUCUUUUUCAAGAGAAAGUUCAACUGCUACUGACUGGGCACAAGAUGGAGAAGUUGUUAGCUGGUUGGAUCAGCAAAUGCCUUGCCUGGAAGAUGCUCUGGAGCUCAAGAGAUGGUCAUCACAGCCACAACCUUCCUUUGCUCAUUUCAGUGAAUCGAAGCCCCUGUACAGAACUUCCUCAUAUCCAGAGCAGCCACCACAGCUGCAUCGCUAUUCAAGUGAACCAGUUCUGGCAUUGAAAUCAAAUUUUACAUCUUUCCCUCCUCCUGGUAGCAGAUCCCAGCAAGCUUCACCGCAGCACGUGAAUAUUUCUUCCCUUUCCGGAGUAUCAGGGUCACCCUUCUCUGCUCCAAACUUCUCCCCAUUAUCCAACUCUAACCCUCAUCUUUCUGGUUUACAUCAUGGGUUGGACUAUGGUGGAAAUGUUCCCCAGUACAGCUCUCCUGGACUUUUGUUAAACAGCAGAGCACAAAGCCAUUGGCUUAACAACAGUGGCCUAUUACAUGGAGAUCAGUCCAGCGUCUUGCAUAAUAUAUCGCAACAGCAAUUGUCUCGCAAUAAUGCCCUAUUUUCAUCUCAUCUAUUUUCAUUGCAGCAACAGCAACAGCAACAGCAGAGACUGCAUGCUUCACUUCAACCAUCUUUGGCACAUUUGGCAGCAAUGCAAUCCCAACUAUAUCAUUCUCAUUCUGCCCCAUCACAAAGAAUGAUGGUUGGUUUGACUGACCGGGUUCAAAAACCGAAAUCAUCUCAUCGAGGGAGACAUCGGUCUUCUCUUCAUGGCUCUGAUAUUAGUAGUCAGAAGAGUGAUAGUGCAUUGGUGCAAUUCAGGUCCAAGUAUAUGAUGGCCGAAGAGAUUGAGAGCAUUCUUAGAAUGCAGCAUGCUGCUACUCAUAGCAAUGACGCAUAUAUUGAUGAUUAUUACCACCAAGCUCGCCUUGCUAAAAAAUCUGCCGGGUCCAGGAUAAAGCACCAUUUCGCCCCAGCCCACCUGAAGGAACUGCCCUCUCGGGGCCGCAACAGUGCUGAACAUAAUCCUCAUGCUGAUGCACUUGGGAGGAUUCCCUUGACUUCCAUUCGCAGGCCUCGUGCUCUUCUUGAAGUUGACCCUCCUCCCUCAGGUUGUGGUGCUGGAAGUUCUGAGCAAGCAAUCUCUGAAAAGUCCUUGGAACAGGAACCAAUGCUUGCAGCUAGAAUUACUAUUGAAGAUGGCCUUUGCCUACUUCUCGAUAUAGAUGACAUUGACCGGUUCUUGCAAUUUAGCCAGCAUCAAGAUGGUGGGGCCCAUCAACGGCGUCGACGGCAGGUGCUGCUGGAAGGGUUGGCAGCAUCACUUCAGCUUGUUGAUCCACUUGGCAAAAGUGGCCACACUGUUGGCCUGGACCCCAAGGAUGAUAUUGUGUUCUUGCGAUUAGUCUCUCUCCCAAAGGGAAGAAAGCUCAUUACCAGGUUUCUGCAGCUUCUCUUUCCUGGUAGUGAACUCACCCGAAUUGUUUGUAUGGGCAUUUUCCGUCACUUAAGAUUUUUGUUUGGUGGUCUUCCUUCGGAUAUGGGAGCAGCUGAGAAGACUAAUAAUUUGGCAAAGACAGUUACUGCAUGUAUUAAUGGCAUGGAUCUUCGUGCACUUGGUGCUUGUCUUGUCGCAGUUGUUUGUUCAACAGAGCAGCCGCCGUUGCACCCUCUUGGAAGCCCUGCCGGGGAUGGGGCCUCUGUUAUUUUGAAGUCUCUACUUGACCGGGCGACUAAGCUGUUAUCUGAUCCUCAGGCUGCCGGCACCUUUAGCUUGUCCAAUCAGGCCCUCUGGCAGGCAUCAUUUGACGAAUUUUUUAAUAUCCUUACUAAGUAUUGUGCGAAUAAAUAUGAAACUAUUUUGCAAUCAGUCUAUGCUGACAACCAGUCAAGUGCAGAGGCUAUUGGUUCAGAAGUAACUAGUGCAAUAAGUGAUGAAAUGCCUGUGGAUCUUCUGCGAUCAAGUCUGCCGCACACAAAUGAAAGCCAGCGGAAGCUUCUAUUAGAUUUUGCUCAGAGAUCCAUGCCUGUUAGCGGAUUCAACAAUCAUUCUGGGACAAGUGGCCGGAUAAACUCUGAAUCAGUUUUUAAGGCCUCGGUUUAAUCUGUUUUAUUCUCUCCGUCUCUCUUACUUGUCUUGAAUAGAAUUAUUAAAUGUUGAUUCUCAUUCUGAUGAAUAUAUAGUAUUGCUAAAACAUGUAUCAUGAUGGAAACUUAUCGAGGGGAGUUGGUGACCAGAAGUUUUCUUUCUGGGGAGCUUUAUUUUGAUGCUCUUUGUUGAAAACUCCAGAAAACUGGAAGUGGGAAGGAUAGGGGAUAGCAUGUACAGGUUGUCGUAAAGAACAUUAGGAUUCCUCCUUUUGUGUUCCUCUCGGUUCACAAUUGUGAUUAUUUGUUUGAAGGGAAAGGGAUAGUGCUAGUCGUGCAUCUGUUGGGAGUCUUGUAUUUCUGGGGAAAACAGUUCCUUUAAGGAGGUUCUCUGAUCUUUAUCAAUAUGUAAUAAUCUCUUAAAUUCUUGAAGCACUUAGAUAAGGUACUUGUAAUUUGUUGUUGAUUUUCUCUUA